AUGGGGUUUGAUUAUGUAGAUGAAGGUGCUUUCAAGAUGUGCAUUGACUUGUGGGUUCACGCCAUCGAUACACAACGCAAUCAUCUACAUCCACUAAAGCAGAGUAGGAUGUUUCAUUUCGAGUCGUUCGUUGGCUUGUUUGGAUUCAUGGCAAACAGUGAGAACGCCCGUAUCGGGAAUUAUAACCCGAGGGAAUAUUUUGAUGAUUUUAUGUGUGUAUUUGAUAGAGUCGUAAUAGAAAUAGAACUAUUUAUUUCUUCAUUAAAUAAUGCUGACGAUCAUGUAAGGAUGAAACGUGAGUUUAACCCUCGCCGGUUUAUGAAUAUAGCUUUGCAUUUAUUACUACCGUUUAUAAGAAUACAGCCUGGCCUCACAAAAUCUCAGUGGGAGACGGUGAAAGAAGCAUUGUACAAACUGGUGAAGUUGAAUCCCAGGAAUUCCUCGGGUUCGACUCUGCUGCACAUGGCUUGCUCAAGAAAUUAUAUGGACGUUGAGGAUUCGAUAAUACCGGCGUCUGUCACUCCCAAAACCGAAAUCGUAGACCUUCUGUUAGAGAUUGGCUGUGAUCCUAGUGUCACAGACCACGAAGGUAACACGCCCCUCCACGAACUCGCCAUGAAUAAAGUGUGUCCCAAAGAUGCGGUAGAUGCCCUCUUGUCGGGUGGGGCUCACUUAGACGCAACGAAUAGUCAGGGGCAAACUUUUGCGUCUUUGAGAGCUUCCCGAGGGCAGCCUGUUUCUCAACUGGUGAAUGUUGUUCGUCACACCUCUUUGCAAUGCCUGGCUGCAGCGAGCAUUCGGAGACAUGGGAUUCCUUACAAGGAUGUCUUGCCUUCCAGACUUGUGAAGUUUGUAGACAUCCACUGA